GUUUGUAAUUCCCCUACUUUCGGAAUGCAGCGUCUGCAUUUUCCUGCAGUGUAGUGUCGGUACUUGGUUUGACCGUUUUCUGCGCGCAGUAGAAUUUUUCUUUUAUUCAAUACUGGUUGACUUCCUGGGAAGCUUAAUACUUUUUUCCUGCUUAACUAGUUGUUAUUGCGCCACUACACACAAUGGGUGAACAUUGGGAAAGAUUUCUGCAAAUGAAUCAAUUUUGCUUCAAUAAAGAUCAAUUACAAUGCAAUAAUUGCAAUCAACUACUUUCUGCACCAAUAUAUCAAACUGCUGAUAUGGGAAAUAUUUGCCACACUUGCAAAGGCAAUAAUAUGAUCGAUGCAAUUCGUAAUCACUCCUUGGAAAAUGCCCUUACCAACGCAUCAUUCCCUUGUAAAUAUGCUGCGAACGGGUGUGACGAAAGUCUUGCAAGUGCCAAUAUCUUAAUUCAUCAGUUAACUUGUCAUUAUGCACCAAUGCGGUGCCCCAUCUGCAAAAAUGGCGAAUUUACUAACGAAAAUGAUAUGAUUGCGCAUUGUGAAGACAUACAUGGACUAGAACAUGAAAGUGUUCAGCGUCAGAUCUAUACAGUGGAAUUAGCGGAAUAUUCUGAGAGUGAGGGAAUCAGAAAUACGAUACGCAAGGUGACUCUGAAUAAUAAUGAAUUUAUUAUCAAAGUUACUCAAAUGCAAUGGAAUGCCUUGCAAGUAGUUGUAUGCUAUCCAAAUGGGCUUAAACUCGGACAGAAGUUGAGUAUUCGAAUUAAAACCGAUAAUCAAGAAAUUCUGACUCAUGCGAAAAUGGUCGAGUCUUGGAACAUGAUGACCUCAACUGAUAAUGAUCACGUUACUACAAUUCACCUAACCGAAAUGCAGAAAACUCCUCAUGGUACAACUUGCAAACUUUUUCUGGAUUUACUUUUUAAUAAUAAAAGUACUUUUUAUGAACUGCAAGACGUCGAAAAUUUUCGCAAAGAUAUUCAAUGCCCAAUUUGCUUCAACUAUUUCACCGAACAGAUAUUCAAGUGCCGACUGGGACACAAUGUUUGCCAAUCCUGCAAAAAUCACAUCACGACCUGCCCAAUAUGCCGCGAAGAAAUGGGAAACACUCGCGAUAUUCGCAUGGAAAAUAUCUUGCCGCAGAUAACAAUGUUCUGUAUCAAUAAAUCGUUUGGUUGUUUAUAUGAGUCGGAUUUGAGGAUCUUGAAGCAACACGAACUCGAAUGUCGUUAUCAUCAAUAUACCUGCCAUAUUAACAAUUGCACUCAUGAAGCUAACCAAUGGGAAUUGAUUAAACACUAUCAAGAAAAGCAUCCUAUGUAUCUGAACGGUGCUAUUUUUGAGCUGGAUCUAAAUAAACAAGUCGAACUGAGCUUGGUUUAUAAAAAUAAUAUUUUUUUAUUGGAGAGCUCAUUGGAAGGCAAUACUUAUGUCUGGAAGGUGUCGCUUGUCAACAGCACAUCAUGUGAAUGGCAGUAUAUGUAUUCGAUUCAGGUAAUAAAUUCGGCUGAUAAACGAUUGCAAUUUAGCACUGUUUCUGGAAGCAAGUUGACUGUUGAUUUCAAUUUGAUUAAGAGUUUUUGUAAUCUUGAUAAAACUUUAAAAAUGAAAUGUUUCAUCACGCAGUUAGUCGUUGAUUCUCCAGGCGAGUCUUAGUUUGUUGUGGGUGGAUUAUCGCUGUUAUACAUUUAGUGGAAAAGAUUCCAUUUUACUUCUUUACUGCAUUUUAUUGUUUCUUGUAAUCAUGAAGAUUUUAUGUGUUUAUGUAAGAUUUUUUGAAUGUUCACGACGUUAUAUUCACUUGCCAUACAAUAUAUUUUAUGUUUGAAUUGCGUCUCUGCGCGUUGUUCCAGACUAGACGUUUAGUAUGUAGUAGUUUGUUAAUAUGUUUCAACGCUAUUUUUAAAUUCCGUGUUUCACUCUUUCUCCCAAAUAAAGUGAAAUUUGACACCGUU